UAUGGAACAGGGCAGGAGCUGGAGGAAAGCAUUGAUGCGCUACCAGAUGUGGAGAAUGAGAGGUGGGCAUUAAUCAGGUAUCUUGCACAGAGCAUGAGGCCUGGUAAUGCUGCUCAGUCUGCCCCGUGAGUUGUACAGGUUAUGAUAUCAUACCAGGAAGGCAUACAGCCUUUCUUACGCAGAAAACCCAUCCCUGCUGAUACCAUCAUGCUAUGCACAGUUUUGGAGCCACGGAAGUCUCCGUUCAAAGCACGGCUCCUUUUCAGUGCAGUCCAGCAGCAGGUUAGCAGAGCGAGCCGUACCCACCAGAGAGUCACUUGCUGUCUCUGCGUCUGUAGUGAAUGAAAAUGCCAUUUGGGGGUCCCAGUCUGCAGCACCAGAUAAAAUGCCUCUGGUGUUUUCUGUUGCCUAUCUAUCAGCAUCAGCCCUGUAUGUUGACUCUAGAUAGCUGUCUGCACACUAUGGCCUGGUAGCUCUAGUGAGAAGCGUGUGACAGUGUAAGGUGGAAGAGUUGGUUUACUUGGAUUGAAUUGCUUAAUAUUCAGAGGGCUGUUUGUCUACAAAAUAUUUAGAAAUCUCGGAAUAUUUUCAGCUGGAAAGAGAAGCCAGUCUAAAUGUUAAGCGUUGCAGCUGCUUCUAUGCUCAUGUGGGUUCCUUUGAUAUGGUUAGGAUCAUUUGCUUAGGCUGCCUCAAGACAGUAGGAACUUGGGUUGGUAUUGUCUUUCUAGCCAAAAGAGCUAUAGGUAGUUAAUCUCUGAGCUAGCAGGCAUGGCUGUGUGUAAACCAUCAUGUAGGGCUGAUGUUGGGCACUUUGGAUAUGACAGCAUCAGACCUGGAAAGGGAGAAUGAAGAUUGUAUGCUCCAGCCAGCUAGGCUGAGGGCUGAGAGAAGACAUUUCCUCUCUGCAUAGCUGUAGGAUCAGUGCCUUGUAAUGGGCUAACUGCAGGAGAAACUGGUAGAGAAGUGUCACGCUUGAACUCACUUCUCUCACUUCUCCUUUUGUGUUUUUGCCAGUCUUGCCGUGAAGUGAUAGUAGCAGUGAAUGUUCUCUAGCUACUUGUGAAAUGGUGAUUUAGUGAACCAAUUUUAAGCCGUGGCAUCCUCAGCACUGCUAGCUCCAGUCCUGAUUUGGUAAUUAAGUGGUAAACAUUGCUUAGAACAUUAAUUUGGUUGAUGUUUGCGCUGCAUGAAGCAAGUGUAAUCAGCACAUAAGGGAUAUCUUGUUAUUAGCACUCUGGGACUGCGAGGCAGUAUUGGAAAGGGAAGCCUGGCAGUUAGACUUCUUAUGUUUCUGCUGCUGUCUCUGGCCUUGACCUCCACUGUAGCACCAGGUGAAUGGGUUUCUGGCUGAAUUUUAUAAAGUUCAACUUACGAGCAGUAGCAGGUAUUGUGGGUGGAAGAGUUUUCUGGGUGAUUCUGGACGCUGUCUGGAAACCGGGAGUGCUGUCGAAAUGCUGGCAAUCGCUGUUGGUAUCAUCAAGUUUCGUUAGGGCUUGUCUUGUCAAGACUUUGCUCUUUCACAGUGAGGCAAUAUGUUUUGAGUAUUAAAUGUGCUUUGAUAUAAUCACCUUAUGAUUAUAUCAAAUACUAGAGCAUUAAUAUGAUUUCCACUUGUGUGUGUUGUUUUGUUCAGAUGUAAUUUACUUGAAAGCCAGCUUUUAAGAAGUGUGAAGAGCAUUCUUUCCAAUGUUGUUGGCUGAAAUAAAGCUGCUCUGUAAAGAUUGCAUCUUCUUGGGAAGUCCUUGAGAUGACAGCAAUGACAGAAUUCAACAACAUCCAUUCAGUGACUGAAAUGCCAGAAGGAGACAAUCCUAAAUGUGGUUUCCAUCACGGAAUGUUCUUGGAACCCCAAGAGAAGAAGAGGAGCAUGAAGGCUCUGGUGGUUAAGCAAGCAAGGAAAACUUGCAGCUGUACUCCAGCCAAAGUUAAAGACUUUGUUUUAAGUUUCUUUCCUGUCUUGCAGUGGCUUCCUAAAUACAAACUAAGAGAGUGCCUACUGGGAGACAUAAUGUCUGGUGUGAUUGUGGGGGUCUUACUAGUCCCACAGUCAAUUGCUUAUUCUCUCUUGGCUGGGCAGGAGCCUAUUUAUGGCCUUUAUACAUCCUUUUUUGCUGGCAUUAUUUAUUUCAUAUUUGGAACCUCCCGCCACAUCUCAGUUGGCAUCUUCGGUGUGAUUUGCCUGAUGGUGGGACAAGUGGUGGAUCGUGAGACGCAGAGAGCUGGCUAUGAUGCAGAGCCAGCUGCGCUCAGUGUCCUCACAGCUACAGCAGCAUAUGCAAACAGCACCAGCUCUCCUGUGAAUCGGACAUCGCAGGAGCUGCUCUGCGAUAAAAGCUGCUAUGCAAUUAGAGUGGGAGCCACCAUGACCUUCAUAGCUGGAAUUUAUCAGGUGGCCAUGGGUUUCUUUCAAGUGGGCUUUGUCUCAGUGUACCUCUCCGAUUCAUUGCUGAGUGGAUUUGUCACGGGUGCCUCUUUCACCAUCCUGACCUCACAAGCCAAGUAUCUCCUAGGUCUAAACAUUCCAAAGAGCAGUGGCAUCGGCUCCCUCAUAACCACAUGGAUAAACAUCUUCAGAAACAUACACAAGACCAACAUCUGUGAUCUCAUCACCAGCAUCUUGUGCUUUCUUGUACUUAUCCCAGCCAAAGAGCUUAAUGAACAUUUUAAAUCCAGGCUCAAGGCUCCAAUACCAGUUGAACUAGUCGUGGUUGUGGCAGCUACUCUGGCAUCUCACUUUGGGAAGCUGAGAGAGACUUAUGGCUCAAGCGUUGCCGGACGCAUCCCAACUGGGUUUCUGCCACCCCGUCCUCCAGACUGGAACCUGAUUCCUAAUGUGGCUUUGGAUGCUAUUCCCUUAGCUAUUAUUGGCUUUGCCAUCACUGUCUCCCUCUCAGAGAUGUUUGCCAAGAAGCAUGGUUACUCUGUGAAGGCCAACCAGGAAAUGUAUGCCAUUGGCUUCUGCAACAUCAUUCCCUCUUUCUUCCAUUGUUUUAUAACAAGUGCGGCUCUUGCCAAGACUCUUGUCAAAGAGUCCACAGGCUGUAGGACACAAGUGUCUGGCAUGGUGACUAGUUUGGUAAUCCUAUUAGUCCUCCUUGUGAUUGCACCUUUGUUUUACUCCCUUCAGAAAUGCGUCCUUGCUGUCAUAACCAUUGUAAACCUCAGAGGAGCCUUGCGGAAGUUCAAGGACCUGCCAAAAAUGUGGCAUUUGAGUAGAGUGGACACAGUGAUCUGGCUAGUUACGAUGGCAGCCUCAGCACUCAUCAGUACUGAGAUUGGUCUUCUGGUUGGUGUUUGCUUCUCCAUGCUCUGUGUCAUUUUCCGAACUCAGAGGCCAGAGGCGCCGCUGCUUGGUUGGGUGGCGGAGUCCGAGACGUAUGAAUCCCUGUCUGCUUACAAGAACUUGCAAACCAAGCCAGGAAUUGUGGUGUUCCGUUUCGAAGCACCCCUCUACUAUAUCAACAAAGAGUGCUUUAAAUCCAUCCUGUACAAGCAAACUGGGGUCAACCCGGUCUGGGUGAAAGCAGCAAAGAAAAAGGCAGCAAAAAGAAUGCUUAGAGAGAAAGAGGUGAAUUCUGGUGGCAACCAGACCGACAUCUCCAUGGAUCUUGUCUCUGAACCUCUGGGAUUUCACACAAUAGUGAUUGACUGUUGUGCAGUACAGUUUCUGGACACAGCGGGAAUACGCACGCUCGAAGAGGUCUGCAAGGACUACAGGGAGAUAGAAGUCCAGGUGCUUCUGGCCCAGUGCAAUCCUUCAGUGAGGAGUUCCCUGAUCCGAGGAGAAUUCUUUAAAGAGGGGGAAGACCACCUUCUCUUCCACAGUGUGCACCAGGCUGUGGACUUUGCAUUGGGUGCACAGGGGCACAGUGGUACCAGCAUUUGUAAGAACUAGCUAUGGGAAGGCAGCAAGUUGGAACAAAGCUUGGGGAAAAAAUAUGGCUGUGGGUCUGUAUAUCUGUGCAAUAUGUAUGCACUCAGAUAAGAAGAGGCAGGGUGGUUGGUAACAUGCUGAUUACUGUGCAGUCUGUUUUGAUGCUUUAAAUUUGCCUGCUGGGUAUAGUGAUUCAUUAGAUGGUAUUGAAUGAAGGCAAUUCUUAACUUGAUUAUGGUCAAUCUGUGAAUCUUAAAGAGUUUUCAUAUGGUUA